AUGGCCGAAUUACCACCAAGCGCCGGUUCGAGGGCCACAACGCACAGCCCAGCGGCCAACGAUCGAAGGCAAGACCAUGAACCAACCCAAAACAUCCAACAGGACGUUGGGUAUUUCGGGGCUGGGGAUGCAGCGGAUGCGAACGCUGGGACGACGACGGGCGCAUUCUCGAGUACGGCUUCUGGCGUGCCCCCUGCUCAAACGACCGAACCGACACCAACCAUUCCGACGAUCAAUGUUCCCGCAACUGGCGCAGAAGGUUCAGCAGCCCCGGCAGCACCAACACAAGUCUCCCGAGACCCACGCACCCUCUUCUUGAAUCAACAACCAUCAGCGAUCCGUCUUCGUAGACUCAGAGGGCCGACCCUCUCUUCCUCCAGGAUCGCGCCGGUUGUGCAGGCUGGGCCAGCAUCGCUUGAGACAAGCGGUCGCAGACGAUCCAGUUCCGAGCCUCAGAGGCCUACAAUUCCCCCGGCGGCGGAAACAUGGAGUACACUGCCGCCCGUCGCGGAGACCGCUUCCUACCCGUAUCGCUCCGAUCAAGCGCAUCUUGUACCAGCCCCUGGGACCGAUCCAGAAUCAGAAGCAGCACCUACAACGCCUGGACCCGCACCAGCGCCCAUCGCAGAGGCCGACGUGCCACAACAACGCCAAAGGCGCCGCCAUUUCCCAGGCCGCCGUCGCUUGACCGUUCAGGGAAACCCUCACGGACAGGUUCUGGACAAGGAUUGCUACGACUCGAGAAUUGUCGACUUUUUGGACGUGGUUGACCCCGAAGUGGCCGCUCUAUCGUCCAUUACCAACAUCCAGAACUCCCUGUUUGUGCCCUCUUUAGGCCGUUGGGUCAACCGUCGCCCAACCUACGAUCUUUCACAAUUUCCCCAGAUCCCCGGAGCUUUCCCGCCUUCCAAGGAGGAUGUAACAACCGCCGCAGAAACAGUUGAGAAAGAUCAUCCGCCCACACCACCUCGUUCCCCCAGUCUAUCCUCCGUCCUCAGCGAACCGCAAUAUGCAAUACUACCCAACGACGCCUCGCUAGAGGGUUGGCCUGAAGAGGACAUCAAAGCUCUGAACGAUUACGUCCGCCACAUGCUACACUCUCGACGCUCCAAGAUUAAGCAGCGAUUUAAGGCCUUUGGCAAAUAUGCCAAACGACCCCUGGGCUUUCUCGUCACCCUCUACGCCACCCUGAUCACCCUCUUCGGUCUAGCAUGGGUGCUGUUUCUGAUCGGCUGGAUCUACGUCGGAGACCGGCAGUUGUACGCUAUCGAUGUCAUCGACUACGUCCUGGUUGCUCUAUUCGGCGUCGUUGGCGACGGGCUCGCUCCUUUCCGGGCUAUUGACACUUACCACAUGCUCUUUAUAGCCCAUUAUCAUCGAAAAACAUGGAAGCUGCGCAAACAGCUACUACUCCCCGACUUGCAGGAUCACAACGACCUACCGACAGGCGACCAUGAUGGCCAGGAUGGGCAGCAAGAGCAGGGUGAAAGCCACCGGGGUGGGACUAGACAGGACUCUCCAGAGCAAGACCUUGAGGCGCAAAACCGGCCAGCAUCAACGAAACAGAACGAGUACUUCCCCGUUCUCUCCGACAAAGCGGAGGCCCGCUUAAUUCACCAUCAAACCAAGCUUGCCAAGUCACACACUUUCUACAAGCCUCACGAGACCGAGACACACCACGCAUUCCCCCUACGUCUUCUCAUUGCCGUGGUGCUCCUACUCGACCUCCACAGCUGUCUACAGAUCUCACUCGGCAUUUGUACUUGGGCCGUGUCCGCCCACCGUCUCCCAGCCGCCGUGACGACCACCAUCCUAUGUUGCUCCAUCACCACCAACGUCACUGCCGGAGUUCUCAUCUCCAUCGGGGAUCGGAGAACUCGUAAACAAGACGUGCUCGAGCGACUACUCAAACAAGAUCUGACAGGCGAAGUGAUGAAGAAGAUGAAGAAGAAGAAGGAAAAAGAGGCAGAGAAGGAACAUGCAAAGAAAGAGGGCGAAGAUGGCGUUCUUUGGUCCAAUGACACGUCGUUCACAUCCAAUCUGUCCACUCUACCGGCCCGGAUCGACAAGUAUCGCAAGAGCGGCGAAAGGAGCCGGAGCCGAGAUGGGGUUAUAUCUGCGCCCCCUUCCCAAAGCAACGCGCCUCGAGCCCAAGAUGACGACGGGCACUUAAAGGUCCCAGGAGCCUUGCCACACGAAGAGGAAACGUCUCGGAAGCAAUUUUGA